AUGUACUUCUCUCCUGCUUUCGUCCUUGCUGCCCUCCCUUUCUUGACUGCCGCCACUCCCGUCUCCGAGGCCCUCAAAGCUCGCUCCAGCUCCACUGGCAUCUCACUCUCUAAACGCCCUGGACUCCGAAACGACGAUGGGACUGUGAACACGGCGGUUCUUCGCUCCAGUCAGGCCCUCUCGAUCUCAAAGAUUGCGAAGGGCUUUGCUGCUUAUGAGAAGAAUAUUGGAUCCCCACACCCACUUGCGGCUGGGUUGAGCGCCGCUCUUCCCUCAAAGAGAGAUGACGGUAGCGGCAGCGACCCGCUUGUUGACUACGGUGCCCAGCUGUGGUUCGGUUCGAUCUCCGUGGGUACCCCCGCCACGAUAUAUACGGUCGACUUCGAUACCGGAUCCAGCGACCUUUUCCUCCCUGGACCCGACUGCGGUGUUUCAUGCAAAGACCACACGGCCUACAAUCCUUCCAACAGCUCGACUUCGGCGAAGGUUGGCCAGCCAUUCUCGCUCACUUACGGCGAUGGCUCCUCGGUCAGUGGCGAUCAAUACACUGAUACCGUCACUAUCGCUGGUUUGUCUGCUACGAAUCAAACCCUCGGCGCCGCAUCGACAUACUCCACGAGUUUUGAGAGCACCUCUUUCCCAGCUGAUGGACUCAUGGGCAUGGGAUUCAAGAGCAUCUCAGAUUAUGGCGCCAACCCAGUUUUCCAGACUCUUGUAGCCGAAGGCCAGGUCGACCAGCCUGUUUUCUCAUUCAAGCUUUCUUCGAGCCACGCGGAGCUUUUCCUCGGCGGAACGGACAACAGUGAUGUCAGUGGCGAUUUCACAUAUGUCCCUGUCACAGAGGAGGGAUACUGGCAGGUCGACCUGGACAGCGUCGCGCUGAACGGCAACACCACUGUUUCUCAAAUCUCUUCCAUCAUCGACACUGGCACCACCCAGAUCCUUGGUGAUACCACCAACGUCGCUGCCAUCUACGCGCAAAUCCCUGGCGCCGCUUUGGCCCCGGAGGAAGGCGACGGAAUCUACACCAUACCCUGCGACUUCAACUCCACCCUCUCGCUCACGUUUGGCGGUACCGCAUUCUCUGUCAACGCCAGUACCUUCAAUCUUGGACAACUUAGCUCAAACGACUCGUCCACUUGCAUUGGUGGUCUUGGUGCGCAAUCCCAGCUCACGAACCGUUUCUGGGUCGUAGGUGAUGUAUUCUUGCAGAACGUUUACACCGAGUUCGAUGUUGGAAACUCGCAGGUUGGAUUCGCUACGUUGGUCUGA